UAAUAAUAGCCUAAUUAUUUCGUGAAGUGCAUUUCUGGUAAGGUCGACAGUCCUUGUUUAAACGUGUGUCCAUGCUGGCGUGCUUAAGCCGAUUCCCCACUGGACCUCUGGUGUGAUACGAUGUUUGGUAUUCCGUACUGCAGCCUCCCACGCCCCACAGCCGCCCACGCCAGGAUCUGCGUCACGCAGUGGCGUGGGAGUGACAGCGAGCAAUGUAGCAAGAGCGGAAUAUCCCAAUUCUAGCAGUAGGGGGAGGAGGGGGAAACCAACGGCUCCCUAGCUCUUCGUACUAAACCUAAACACUCGAACUUGCUUGUACAUUGUGAGGGCACACCAGCGACCGCGUCAGCAACAGAGUGUGUGUGCGCCUCCACGACUGAGCGACUCGACCUGCGCGCGGAGAACGCACUUUCCCCUCCCCGCAGGACGUCCUGACAAGCGUCCCAAAAUUUACUGUGGCUUUCAGCAAUAACUUGUGACUGGGCAAGUGCAUCGCAAUAAUUCACAGAAGGAGAAGGUCAGCGAAAGGUAUGGCGGCGGUUUUACCCAGAACCCUCGGGGAGCUGCAGCUCUACCGCAUCCUGCAGCGGGCCAACCUGCUGUGCUACUACGACGCCUUCAUCCAGCAGGGCGGCGACGACGUGCAGCAGCUGUGCGAGGCGGGCGAGGACGAGUUCCUGGAGAUCAUGGCGCUGGUGGGCAUGGCCAGCAAGCCGCUGCACGUGCGGCGGCUCCAGAAGGCGCUGCGCGACUGGGUCACCAACCCCGCCCUCUUCAACCAGCCGCUCACCUCCCUGCCCGUCUGCAGCAUUCCCGUCUACAAGCUGCCCGAGGGCUCGCCCCGCGAGCCGCACGCCAAGGCGCCCAAGUGCCCGGCGGCCGCCUGCGUCGACCCCGCCAAGACCGAGACGGGCAGCGGCAACGCCCUCCCCGGAGGGUCGCCCCUGCCGAGCGGUGCCGAGGCCCGCUUCUGGGCGGGCCCCGGGGCCGACAGCGAGCAGAGCCUGUCCCCGGCGGAGCUGGGGUCCCCGGCCUCGCCCCGCGAGGGCCUGGAGGCACUGGAUGCGGCCGCCGUGCAGUCGGUGGCGGAGUGCGUGGAGAGGAUGGCCAAGGCGCUGCCCCGCGCCGACUCGGCCGACGCCAGGGAGCAGCUGAGGGGCAACAAGAAGCUGGCGAGGAUGAUCGGGCACAUCUUCGACAUGAGCGAGGAGGACCCCCGCCGGGAGGAGGAGGUGCGCAAGUACAGUGCCAUCUACGGUCGCUUCGACUCCAAGAGGAAGGACGGCAAGCACCUGACACUGCAUGAGCUUACGGUGAACGAGGCGGCGGCACAGCUGUGCAUGAGGGACAUGGCGCUCUUGACCCGGAGAGAUGAACUCUUUGGCCUGGCUCGCCAGAUCUCCCGGGAGGUCACCUACAAGUACACCUACAGGACCAGCAGAUCUCGAUGUGGAGACAGGGACGAGCCAUCUCCAAAGAGGAUAAAAACAGAGGAGGGGCUUUUUGACCUCCAGGAGGCACUGCAGGCCAAUCACAUGCGGCAGGAGACGCUGAGAGAGCAGCUGGCACACGCCAAAUUGAAAGGGGAGGAGACACUGACCCAAAGCCUCCAGGUCCAGCUGGAGAGGCUGCUGUCCAGGCAGAUGGAGAUCUUGCACGAUGCGGCGGCGCAGGAGAGGCUGCAGCUUCUGGACUGGAGGAUCCCCGCCGCCGCCUUCAGACGCGGCGCGGCCGAGCAGCACCGGACCAACGGCGUCUCCGCGGACAAGACCGGCGACCACCAAGAUAGUCCACUGAACCUACGGGUGCCCGGGCAAAGGCAUGGAAUGCUUGAUGGGGACACGCCCUUGGGGAAGCAGCUGGCCAAUGAGCUUAAGAGGCGCCACUCAACUGGCGAAGAAACGCGGAAAACUGAAAACAGAAAUGGAACGGACCACUCACAGAGCGCGCUCAACCUCUCGGACAGAAAGACCAUCAAAGCCGAGCCGGAAGAUUCCAGAUAACAGCCCAGCCUCCAGCCUCCUCCUCGUUUCUUACAAACACAUUUUUUUCAUUAGUGAAUACUAAGCAAGCACAGCUACAGUAGAGCCUUAAUAACCACUGUUGCCUCAGAAAAAUGGUGUUCUUUUCCUUUUUUCUCAGUUUUGCCAAAACACUUGGAAACUUUUGCCACCACCGGAGGAAACGUGUGCUCUCUUUCUCUCUCUCUGUUUUUGUCUGUUUGACAGGGAAGGGCCCAGCAGUCCUUUUGUACAUAUGUUAUUUCUUUGAAAAGAAAAGGCUGUGUAUGUUCUUUUUGUAAGCAUCGUUUGUAAAAAGAGAAAAAAUCCGGUAAAAAUACAUUCCCUUGUUAAACAAGGGAGUCAGACAUCACUGCACAUGUGUGUUUUGUGCGUAACACAGUCCCGUUCAAUGCACCGUGUUCUGAAGUUUUGGAAAGAACGGGCAGCAGUACCAGAGACAGCCAUGAGAUGCGAUGGGUGGCUGACAUUCUUCUGAACUGCGGAUCAAGCGUGACCCACUCUUCAACAGCAGCUCAUCCUGGGUCAUUUUAUCACAGGUCGUUCCAAGCGUGGAACCAGGACAUUCGUUCCUUCUGUAGGAAGAAAGUGUUCUUUUAAAAAAUCUGAUGUUAAAAUUAGAAGUAUAAUGAGGAGCAAAUAAUCCUGUAAAUAAUAAUAAUAAUAAUAAUAAUAAUAAUAAUAAUAAUAUCUUGAUCUGAAAAGGCAGUUUUGUUACUUGAUUACUCCACUUUGUGUGUUAAAGCAUUGAUUUAGAUAUUAUUUAUGUUAGAAGAGCAAUACGGAAUAGCAGUCAUUGAGAAACUCUGUGAGUAUCUAGUUGUCCCACCACCUGGGUGGUAUGUUGUGAAAUAUGUAUGUGUUGCAUAUCUGUAGUCAUGGUCUUAGUUCAUACUGAUGUUUAAGGUAACCUGUAGCCAACGUGCACCCGUGGAUGAUUCGAAAUGCAGUUUCACAUGCUAGAAUCUGUCUAAUAUAUUCAGUGUUUGUUUCCCAUGUUUCCAAGUCACUAUAAGAACUGCCGAAAUAGUUAACGGAGUGACAAUCAUUCAGUAGCAUCGUCUAUUUUAAUUAUUGUCGUAGAUUUAUUUUUUCCCCACUUAAGAGCUGAGAGCACAGUUCAUAUUCGUAUUUCACUAAGACAUUCCUUGGCUUUGCGGUUUAAACUCACCUGUUCACUGUUACCUAAAUUCAGAUGCCUGUUAAUGACAAAGAGCUCACUUUACUCAGUAACACUGAUUGACUCUGUCAUUCUAAGCUAUGUGCAAUAGCAUUUCUGGAGUACAUGUAAAAUAGUUUAAGGUGUCAUUUAUUUUUUAUUUAUAUACAAAUAAGAAACAUCUCUGUUUGAAUAUGCAAAUCUUUGUUUUUUGAAUCGCUAACAUAAACAAGGAUUUGAUUUUUUAACAGCCUGGUAAAUUGAGAAUAGCCUAGUAAGCCUAUUUCUCAGUGUCAAAGGGUUACUGGAACAACUGACUUAUAACAUCUUGGUGUAUCAUUUUUUUAAAGGCAAAAAUCAAAGUUCAUCUAAACCCCUCCUCCACCCCCACCCCCACUCCCACUAACAGAUUUGGCCUUUAUUGAUAUUGAGCUUCUUUUCCUGUGAUCCUGUUAAGGACAACAUUUUCAGACAUUUAAAGUACAAACUGCCCCCUAUGAUUUGCAGAAUGUUGUUGGGCUGUUAAAUAUUUUUUUCAAAAGAUAUAGUUUGCUUGAAAGGGGAAAUGUGAAACUGCGUUUGUGCUGCAACAAACACCCCCCCCCCCCCCGGAUACUCUGAUAUCAUAAAUAGGCAGGCCUCAGUCAUAUUUUUAAAAGGUUUUAAACGGUUUUUCUCUGGACGUGAAACUGUGUCCUAUGUUGGUUACUAUUCCACCACUUGUGUGCUGUGGCUUAUUUUAGAGUCGUGCAUUCCUAUUAAUCCCCGAGCAUUCCCAGGCAUUCCCAUUCAUCACCACGUGUUGUCAGUAAACUUUGUCUGUUACAGUUACAAGUGAAAUAAAUUUUUAAAAAGAAAUCUGUUAGGGUAUGCACCUGUUGUUUUGUAAACACUAAUUUAUUUAAUUUGUUAUACAGCACAUAAACAUUAAACUUUAUUUUUUGAGAUCUGA